AAUCACGAACGAACAUGGAUACAUAUCCGACCCGACCUCAUUGAAAGCGAGCAAAACCCUAGACAGUGAAAAGCCCAAAGGCCAAUACCCCGUAGCUUGAAAAUGUUGCCGCGUACGCAGGCCGCCACCGCCGGCAAGCGGAAGAUGCUCGCCAAUACCCUCGCCGUGAAAUCAACCAAUCCUGUCUCGAAGAAAACGCGCAAGCAGAAGAAGCAUCGCCCACUCGCCGAACAGGACCAAAUCAACGCCGCCGCCGCUGCAGGUGAACCCGCGGGCGGUGGAGUCCUCCUGUCGGCCGCACUCCCGCCGGCGCGGCAGCUCGAGUUUCUCCUCCGUAGCUUCGAGCACGCCGCCAAGAUGCGCCUCUCCCCCCUCGAGCUCGGCGCUUACUCCGAGGGAUGCAUGGUGCAGCUCACGGAGGGGGCGAGCCAGGACGUAGAAAGCUUCGGUGACCAUGUUAAGAGGACCUUCGGCGCGUCGUGGAAGGAGGACCUCUGUGAAGGAAAUCUCAUUGAGGGGUUGGUCGAAGCGGGCAGCCCAGCUCUCCUGGUUAUCAGCUUGGGUGCGCUGAGAUCACUGGAGCUUCUGAGGGGCUUGAAUAUGUUUACUAGAGGAUGCCGUGCAGUAAAGCUCUUUGCCAAACACAUGAAAGUGGAGGAGCAGGCUGCGUUGCUUAAAGCUCGAGUUAAUAUUGCCUGUGGUACACCCAGCAGGAUCAAGAAACUAAUUGAAAUGGAAGCUUUAUCUCUGUCGCGCCUAAAAUUAGUGGUGCUCGACAUGCAGAGAGAUCCAAAGUCAUUUAACUUGUUUACCCUACCACAAGUCAGCAAUGAGUUUUGGGACCUUUACAAGGGAUAUCUAGAUCAGAAGGUCAAGGAAGGCGAUACAAGAAUUUGUUUUUAUGGCGCUGUUUCUGAGAAAGAUGCCAAUAAAGUCCUUUCAGCUGCAGAGUGAAAGAGUGUCUCGAGUACACACUGAAUCAAUCAUAGUUGAAUGCAAGAAAUUAGGAAUUUUCGUUGAGCGGUGUGAUGACUCUUAACAUUGUCAAGAGAUCAAUGUAAGAAUGGUGUUUGGACUUUGGAUCACUAUGAAUAACAGAGCAAGUGAGCACGAAAUCUGUACAAACCCAAGUGUAGUGGUGCACUUGUGCUAACGUUGCCUUAAACAGCAUAGUGUUCUACAUUCGUGA